AUGCUUCAGCUGAUUCCCGCAGUCAAAAUCGCAUCUUGGUGUUUAACGGCGCUCUCCAGCUUCUACCACUGUUUCCACGGCUUCUUCGUCUCCGAUCGCUCCGAAGAUCUCCGUAACUUCCCUCUCACUGGGGUUUUCUCCGCUUUCUCUAAUCCCAACUUCUUCUUCGUCCGGAUUAUUUGA